GCGGACCGAGCUAACACUCGGCUGCUACACAAUACACCCUGGACCUAGAGGAAACACCUAACCUUGCGUAACAUACUCGGCUCCGAGGUACACGGCUUAUCCUUGUCGUUUACCCUCUUUAAUUUCUGUACUUCUUUCUUACUUCACUGUGUGUACAGGCGUCAAUAAAAUGAGCCUUUUGUUUUGAGCGCUUACGUUGUUCCUUCCGAGAUCUUGCGUUCUUUUCCCCCUCUCCGUCGUGCAGUGAUGUGCUGCUCUAUAUUCGCAGACUGGUAGCGUCUGGAAUCUCUUUUUCGUCAGGAAACUGCAUGAGAGACGAUGACCUGGAGGAUAAAGUCUUGUUUGUAACUGGCUUCAGCUCAACAAAGGCGAACACGACCCCAGACUUUCUUGUGAAACCUCAGAACAGUUCCGGCCAUGUCAAAUAUAAACAAUGCUCUUUGUGUUGAGAAUGGACAGGGUGCUGACGUGUCUCUCUUGCAAAAGGAUAACCUUCAGGUGGAUUCAAGUGGAUUAAACCAGGUUUUGGAUUAUAAUGCGGAAAUGGAGAGGUACAGGUCUUUUGCGAACUUUUACAAAACGAACGGGGCAUUUCCACAGACUGCCAAGAUUGCUCGCAUAACAACGCCGAUUUUUCCCAGCGCCAGAAUCGGCGUGUCCCCUUGGAACUGUGAUAAUGCUAUGCUCUGGGGAAGGAAAUCAGCGGCAAUAAACCCUAAUAGGACCAGCAUGCAUAGAAAUGAGUCCCAGAGGCCGGGGAAGCCUGGCGUGCCGCCAGAGACGUUGCAAAUGGCAAAUAAUAAUUUCCUCACUACCUUAUCCCCUGAACACUGCAGACCUUUAGCAGGAGAAUGCAUGGACAAGCUGAAAUGCGGCGCAGCUGAAGCAGAGAUAAUGAAUCUCCCAGAACGCGUUGGAACUUUUUCCGCUAUUCCGGCUUUAGGGGGCAUCUCAUUACCUCCCGGGGUCAUCGUCAUGACAGCCCUUCACUCCCCCGCAGCCUCGGCAGCCGUUACAGACAGUGCGUUUCAAAUUGCCAAUCUGGCAGACUGCCCACAGAAUAAUUCCUCGGCGUCCAGCGGAAACCCUGCGAAGAAGAAGAGGAAAAGGUGUGGGGUCUGUGCACCAUGUAGGAGGCUAAUCAACUGUGGAGUGUGCAGCAGUUGUCGGAACCGCAAAACUGGCCACCAGAUCUGCAAAUUUAGGAAAUGUGAAGAGUUGAAGAAAAAGCCUGGUUCGUCACUCGAGAGGACUCCGGCCAAUGGUGGUGAAGCAUUCCGGUGGUUCUUCUAGAACUGCUAACUGCCGCAGCACCACAUAGG